AUCCAAUUAGUUAAGGCGAAUAAUGCAAAUAGGAUAAGAUCGAUGUUACCGCUACAUUUAAUGUCUCUCCAUGAAAUUUCAAAGCGAGAAGAAAGAACUAUGGCGUUAUGCGUCAAAAAACCUAACAACACCUGUACGUGGGACGACCAGACAGCCACCACUGCCGCAUCGCCUUCCACCUCAACACCACCGUCACGAACAACAGCAGCAGCUGCAGGAGCAACAUCCGCUAUUGAGGCAGACAUUCUAUUGCGACGUAUCUGGCGAGAGUUCCAGUUCGAUGUCACUGCGUCCGCAACUGAGCACUCCGCCGCCGCCGUACACGCCAAUGGCGGGCGAUAUGGACUGUGUGAAUCCCCGCGAUUAUUGUCAAAUGUUUCGUCAGCCGCAAACCUAUGUCACGGAUGGAGAAACGGAAACCUCGCUGUCGGCGACCGAAUCCGAAACGGGCGGUUACGGCCGGAGGCAAGGUGGUUACAAUUACGUAAAUACUGGCGACAUAAUGCACGUCGACGAUUACGAAAAAUUGAACGAGACCAGUUCAGGCAGCAACGCGACCACCACCUCCUCCUCUUCGUCCACCAACAGCACCAGUACCUUUCACCUAACGAAGGAAUUACCCCGGAGAUUAGAACGAACCACGGUCAACAUGCCACAGCGAACGCGGUCGAAAACCAACAUAGCUCUGAAUCCAGUUGCCACAACGAUUGUGAAUUCGGCAACAACCCUGACCUCGGCAACGACCUCAUUGGCUGCCACCGCAGCAAAAAUACUCAGGAAUUGUUGUGGCGGAGGUUUUGGUUCCACCAAUUCCAUUGUAACCUCAACGACCAAUGCCACCAGCACCACCGAUCCUUUCACCCUGAAUCAAGCAACCAGCAACUCUCCAAACAACAACAAUGCCGCCAUACCCUGCAACAAACCCUACGAAAACUCGAAAAAAUUUCCCGCCGAGAACUAUACGGCAGAAAUGUAUUUCAAUGCUUUAAUGAAACAACUCAAGGCCCGUCAAAUAACCUGUCUAUUAAAGGCUGUGAAAUCGCGUCACGAACCGUCGAUCGGAUCAUCUUCGUCGUCGGGAAGCGCGAGCAGCAGUUCCAUGACAACAUAUCAAACCAAUUGCAUAUUAAUGCGUCGUGCCGAAAUACUCGGCGAAGAGCCAUAUGUGAUAGUAUGUCGCCUAUUUUUGUGGCGAGAUUUAAACAAUUCCUCACAGCUGAAACGCUUACCCGUAUGUCCAAACGAACGCGACCCAGUGUAUGUGUGUUGCAAUCCAUUGCACUGGAGUCGCAUUCUCGAAACAGAAAGUGCCCCGCCUCCAUAUCGCAGCCAAAGGAUGGACAGAAACGAAGGACUACCUUUUCAAAACUACGGCAACUCAACAUCUUUCGGAAGUUCAGAUGCCGACGGCAUUUCCAGCAUACAAAAACUCAAUUCCGAUUAUUAUGUUCGGAGAACAGAAUCACUAACCACUGACGGUGAAGCCAGUCGCUGUACACCGAACUGGUGUGAGGUGGCCUAUUGGGAAUUGGGUCAACGUGUCGGUGAUCGCUAUCCCGCCGAAACACCAACCAUAAAUAUCUAUUCCGAAAAACCCUAUAGCAGUGCUACGGGUGAUAUAGAAGGUAUGUGUCUAAAGGAUUUAAUUGAGAAGCGUACAACACCAUCGCCAACAGAUGUACAAAAUACGAGACAAAAAAUAGGUUUAGGUGUUACUCUAAGUCAGGAGACUGAUGGCGUUUGGCUAUAUAAUCGUGCUACCGUGCCAAUAUUUGUCUAUUCACCCACCUUAACGGAUAGUUUGUCUCGUGUUUAUCGAGUGGAGCCCGGUGAUUGUCUUCGAGCCUUCGAUAUAUACAAGGCCCACACUCUCGUCUAUUCCGAUCAAUUUCCAGGCGUUCAAACCGGACCCAUCGACAAAUUCAGUAUGCGUAUUAGCUUUGGCAAAGGUUGGGGUUUCUCCUAUAAACGGCCCGAUGUAACACGAUGCCCGUGCUGGUUGGAGGUACUCUUUCGGCCACAGCGGUGACAACAAUUCGUCAGGGCAAUGAUAAAUGGUAAUGGCAAAU